AAAUGUCACUCCAAAACUCCUUAUCAAAUUCUAAGCAUAAAAACCGAGUUUCUCCGGGUAGUUCAAGGCCAAAGAAGCAAAUCCUGUCCGAGACUAUGACAAGCAUUGAAGCAUUCAGCUGCUUCAGUAAGAUCUCCAAAGAAGAGGAACAAAAGAAGUAUCAAAGGAGGAUGAAGAACUCAACACAAUACAUAAAGAAGACUUCUAGUAACGAUCUGAUUCACAAAAAUUAACAACAGCUUUGACGGCAAGAGUUUCAUAAAGAAGAAAUAUUCAUUAUACAAGAAGAAGUCAGGGCUCUCGUUCAGUUCACCCAUGAAAAACAAGAAGGCCCCAAAAUGUAUGAAAAACUUCAGUUCAGGCUCAAAUCUGAAGAUGGCCAAAAAUGGUAAAAUUAUAUCAGCAGAAAUUGAUAAUCUUCGUUCUGUUUAUAAGAAGAGAGAGAAAUUACCUUCUUCAGUAGCAGAUUUGACUAAGACAAAGCUCAAAAAAGAGAAAUCUAAAACGAAGAAGAGUCUUUUAAAAGAUAAUAAUUGAACGACUGCGGAGACAAAUACUUCAGAACCUGCAAAGUUUACUAUAAAAGGAUCUCAUGGCACACUUCAAACACAAAAAUUGAAGGUCAAAAAGACACUUUGAAAGUCUGUAUCUAAAAAGAGAGGAAUUGCAGAGGUCAGAACACUCCGAAAGUCACUUUCGCCACAAAAUAUGUUUCAAAGACAUAUAAAUAUCAACGAGAAUGUAGGCCAUGGUGUAUCAACAAAAUUUAUCUCCCUUAUUGAAGAAGACGAUCAAAAUUUUGUAAAAAUGGAUGAAUCUCACCCUGUGAAUAAACCUAGGGCAAUUCAACUCAUAAAUGAUGCAACGAAAGGGCUUUCAAGUACUAGGAAGAAACUCAACACUUUGAAGUUAGCAGAUCAUUCACAUAACAUUCCCAGAGAAGACAGUGGAGAGGAGAAUUAUGAAGAAUCUCCAUGCAAUCAGAUAAACAUACCUCAGACGAAGUCUUUACAGACUUCGUCUGAGAAGUAUAAGAACCCUAUUAAGAACUUUACCAUAAUUCCCAGGCUUAUUUCCGGAAAGCUUGAGGACAGCUUGAUAUGUUCCAAACCAAAGCAAUCUUGUAUUAGUAAUGCAAGAUGACAUGAAGAUGAAGAUUACCAGCUGUUCAGCUGGUCAAAUGAGUUCGAUGAUAUCCUGAAUGAAACUCAUCAAGAAGUGAAUCAGGGCUGCCCAGAAAUUCGACAAAUAGAGAUAUCAGAUUGCAAAGAAAUGAGCCCGAUGCUUCAAUACACAAUUUUACAACAAUUUAUGAGUGCUAAAUCAGAUACUAUCAGAGAAAUAAACAAGAAGGUGUAUCACCCAGAAAUUAUGCAGGAUAAAGCCCUUUGGAAGCAAAAGAGAAGAUCUGCUUCAUAUAUAAGGAAGACCUUCAGUGAUCGAGCUUUCGAUGCUAAAGUAAGAAGUAUCUCAAAGAAUCCAAAUCCUUCUUGUUACAAGAAAAAUCUUCGGAAAUUAGCAUCAGAUGUUACUGAUUCAAAUCACCCAUAUAACUUUUUCGGAAAUAAGACUCUAUGAAGAAAGUACUCUGAGGAUUACAAUCAAGAGAAAUUGAAGACUAAAUUUGACCCUUGGAGUAACUUAAUAGGCUAUAUCGAUUAUCUUGGCAUCUUUCACUGUAAUGUCGAUCCUAAAGGAGAAAAUUGGUAUAUUAAGCAAGAAAUUGAACCAGAUGGGCAUAUUUUGUCCACUAUUUUUAGUCGUGAUGGAGUAGCUGAGUGGAGAAAAGAUGUGGCAAAUGCAUGGGAGAUUUUGAGACCUGUCUAUCAAGGACUUAGAUGGUUUAGAGAGAGCCAAGAAAUUCAGACUGAAAGAAGGUAUAAAAUGAAUAAAGAAUAUGAUUCUGGAGCUUCCUCUAAAAUCCGCCUUCAAAUGCUGAUUCUACCAAUUCCUGAAAGAGUAUUAACAAACUUACAUCUUUCAAUACCUCAUAUCGGAAUAACAUCGUUAAACAAUCCUCUCAUUGUCCUAAAUCAAAACUAAGCUCAAACUCCAUCCAAAUAGUUUGCCCCAAAACUAACUU